CCUGAUCAGCUCUCAUCCUGGCAGCAACACCUUCACUCUCCUGAAGAGACUCACCGCAGCAGCAAACCUGAGCUCACUCCUACGAAGAAACAGAGACAUGGCCUCUCGAGUUUCAGCUCUGCUCUUGCUGGGUGUCAUCUGUGUCGGAUUUGCAGCAGCUGAGAUUGCAAAGGACUGCUGUCUGAAGACUUCUCCUAAACAUCUGCCAUUAAACAUCCUAGUAGACUACAAAAUUCAGGAUGCUGGCCAGGGUUGUCUCAUUAACGCUACUGUGUUCUUCACAAAGGGUGGAAGAACUCUGUGUGUCUCUCACCCCAGUGAACAAGCAUGGGUAAGAAGGCGCAUUGAACAUCUGAAGAAAAACACCCAGGAGCAGCAAUAACUCAGGUGUAAAGAGAAGUGGAAAUGAUCCAGAAAGGGCAAUUCUAAAUGGAGAGCUGAUAAGAGAAGUCAGAGUCACUUCCAUUUCUGUUCAGUUUCUUGAAACUGUCAUGUUGUACUGUAGAAGAUUGAAUUAGUUUGACAAGAUCAGACCUGUAAGAUCGUUGACGAAUCACCACCUCAUCUUAUUUAUGAUGAUGUAUUGUGUGAGCCUGCAUGCAUUCUUUUUAUUGUGGUAACUGUGGUGUAAAACCCUUUCCCUUUCCCUUUUUUUCCUUUCUUUUCUUUUUUGUUAUCCCUGUGAGUGACAUGUACUAUGGAAAUAAGAAAAAUGAGAGUGAGAGUGAAACCCUGUUCAUGUCUUUGUUUCAAUGAACAGGGUGCAUGUGGAACAUUUCAAGUGCUUUUAUUUGUAUGAACAUGUUCUAAAAUUUCAAUGCUGUUUUCUCAAAACUUGUAUAAAAUGUUAUUGUUGUUAUUAUUCUAAAAUAAAGUUUAAUAUUAUUUUCUAACUUUCA